CCAGAAUCGGGCAUGCCACAAUUUGGACGACCAGAUUCAGGUGAUUUAAAUGAUGAUCGCAUUCAUCACAUCUUAACGGAAGCAUCAAGUAUGAUACAAAAACCAUCGCCACAACAAAACAACUUGCAUAAUUCAAUUCCCAUGAAACACCUUGAAGAUUCUCAUAGCAUUGAAGACUCAAAGUCACCACCAAACUGCACGUCACCAUUCUCCAAGAGAAACAUGAAAAAAUAUGAAAAUGAUGACAUCUCCGAAGAGAAACUUCAAAAGAUUUAUCAAGAAGAGUUUCAUAAAAUUAUGGCACGUGGUCAACGAGACACAUUUCCCAAUGCUGCUGGCAUGCCACCGCUUGCCGAUGAAAAUAUUCGUCUUGCAUUAGAAAUGUAUCAACGAGAAUUUUCAAAGUUACAACAGCAAAGUGGAGCUGGUAUUCCCAACUUUACUAACAAUCUAACAAGUCUUCUUGCAUUGCAACACCAGCAAGCACUGAACGGUGCUUCCAUUCAAGAUUUAUCGAUACCAAAAGACCCAAAGCAGAUGGGAAAGUCAAAUGGGUUGUCAUCUGAAAGUGAUAAUGAGAACAACAAAGAUCUUGAAGAAUCUAUGCGAAGUGCUUUCAGUAUGGUGAAGCCUAAACCAGAACCUACUUCAACACCAACGACAACAGCUUCAUCAGCUCCAAGUCCAAUCAGCAACACAAUUUUGCCACCAGUCACACCAACCGAUGACUUCUCAGUUGCUGCAAGUCCACUUCAAAGAAUGGCUUCUAUCACUAAUUCUCUGAUGUCACAAUCGCCCGUUCCGUCACAUCAUUCAUCACCACAACGUCCAUUGAAAGCUGUUUUACCACCAAUCACUCAACAACAGUUCGAUUUGUACAACAAUCUAAACACCGAAGACAUCGUACGACGUGUUAAAGAAGCAUUGUCGCAAUACUCAAUCAGUCAGAGAUUGUUUGGUGAAUCUGUGUUGGGAUUGUCACAAGGUUCAGUUUCCGAUCUUCUUGCGCGUCCAAAGCCUUGGCAUAUGUUAACUCAGAAAGGUCGCGAACCAUUCAUUCGCAUGAAGAUGUUCUUAGAAGAUGACAACGCAGUUCAUAAGCUUGUUGCAAGUCAAUAUAAGAUUGCACCUGACAAGCUUAUGCGAACUGAUCAAAAGUCUCAAAAUGAUAAGAAGAUGAUGCCAAUUCAUUCGCCACAACAUCCCGACACACCGCAACCGCCAUCAUCAGCAAAUGUUAUGCGUAACAUGAGUCAACAUAUCUCACCAACUGUCUAUGAGAUGGCUGCACUUACACAAGAUUUGGACACUCAAGUCAUCACAACAAAGAUCAAAGAAGCUCUGCUUGCGAAUAAUAUUGGACAGAAGAUUUUCGGUGAAGCUGUUUUAGGAUUGUCGCAAGGUUCUGUAUCGGAAUUACUUUCGAAGCCAAAGCCUUGGCAUAUGUUGAGUAUCAAGGGACGUGAACCAUUCAUUCGAAUGCAGUUGUGGUUGAACGAUGCUAACAAUGUUGAACGUUUACAACUUCUGAAGAAUGAAAGACGAGAAGCAAUCAAACGACGACGUUCAACAGGUACGGGUGGUCAUGACAACAGUUCUGACACCAGUAGCAAUGAUACAUCGGAGUUUUAUCAUUCAAACUCACCAGGUCCAGCUUCAGUGACAUCACAAUCGGCACCACCAAAUAAGAAACAGCGCGUGUUGUUUUCUGAAGAACAAAAAGAAGCUUUGAGACUUGCAUUUGCACUCGAUCCAUAUCCAAAUGUUCAAACAAUUGAAUUCUUGGCAAAUGAACUUAAUUUAUCAACAAGAACAAUCACCAAUUGGUUCCAUAAUCAUCGCAUGCGUCUAAAGCAACAAGUGCCGCAUGGUCAACCAAGUGAACCAAUUCCAUCACGUGAAAAUCAAUCUGGCGCUCCAUUCGAUCCCGUUCAAUUCAGAAUUCUAUUGAAUCAAAGAUUGAUGGAGAUUCAAAAGGAACGAAUGGGACUUGGUGGUAUGGCUUUACCUUAUCCACCAUAUUUUGCUGCAAAUCCUAAUCUUGCUGCUUUGAUUGGUCGUGGAUUGUUGAGUGGAACUGAUGCAGAACAACUUGCAGCUUUAAACAAUGCUGUUAAAGAACAAAUUAUGGGCUUGGAUCUCUCGAUGACAUCAUUGAAACGUGAUGAUGAUGAUUACGAUGAUAUGGAUCAGAACUCAGACAACGAAGGUGGAAAUGACGAUGAUAACGAAUCACUUUCAGAUUCUCGUCACAAUAAUAAUAACGAUCAUGGUAAAGACAUGUCACCACCACCACAAGCAAUCUCGCGAACAUCAAGAAGGAAACCAGCAGCACCACAAUGGGUCAAUCCACUUAUUACAAUGAAUCCAGGUGAUUGGCGCGACGACACUAAGAAGAACAUCGCUGAUGAUAAAGAAGUCAUUAUUAAUGGAGUCUGCGUAAUGAAUCAAUCAUCAGAUUUCAAAUCAGAUGAUGGUGAUGAUGCAAACGUGGAACAGUCGAAUGAUGAAGGUGACGAACCCGACUCUCGAUUGACCAUUGCUGAAGGUAACGAUGAAGACGACAUCAAGAAAUCUUUCAUUAAAAAACCAAGCAUUGAAAAAGCUUCAGGGGAAAAUGGCGAUGAUGUAAAAGUGAAAAAAGAAGUCGACGAGUCAAAUGCGUGGGAGUACUAAAAUAAUAUAACGUGCAAUGAUAGAAAAGACAUUUAAUGAAUUGAAAAUUGUACAGUAAGUCAUAAAAAAGCAGUUCGAAAAUUUAUUUCUUGUAAAAAUUAAACAUUGAUUAAGAUUCUCAUUCAACUUUCAAAAAGGAAAAAAAAGUUUUUCUUCUGAUUAUGUCCUAAACAAAGACUGUUACUCAAUUAAAUAGUCGUUUCAUGAACUCAGUUAUGUUCGAAAAUCAAACACUCAAUGAUGAAAUAGAUUUUUGUUUGCACAAAGUAUAAUUAAUGCAAGCAAACGUUAGGUUAAGAAUAAAUAAAUACUUAAGACAUGUUUAUAAAGGAAUGAAAGUGAAAAAUCGUGUAAAAAGCAAGAUUAAAUUUUGCGUGGUUAAAUCAAGUUUUACGUAAUGUUUAAUUAAUUAGACGAAGAAGAAAAAUUAGUUUUUUUUUCAGCUUCUUAGCCUUUCUGUAAAUAUAGUGAAGAAUAAAUAAAAAAUAUCUUUGACACUUCCUUCUGAAAAUAUUAAGAAUUAAGCGUGAAGAAGAGUCCGCGAUCUCAUAAACGAGUGGAAGACUUUCACCUUUUCGUCUAAUCAUUGCUGGCUACCAGCGAUUGUGAGCUGAUACCAAAAAAAGGAAAGAAAACAAUUUUUUAAGUAAUCACAAGACGUUCUGUGCUAAGUUUAAGUGAAAAUUUAAUAAUGAGAAGUAAAUAAUAUUUAAAUACCUACAUUAAUAAAUUUCACAACACGCAUAUCGAGUUAAUCACACGAUUAAAAGUUACUCUAAUUUUUACUUCAACACUUUUGAAAAGAAAUUAACAAUUCUUGCAAAACAUUUUUAGAUUUUUCUAAUAAAUAAGAAGCAAUUAAUAAAAGCUUCGAAUUGUAUAAAAGAAUAUGAAAAACUCUGACGAAAAAUAUCAAAUUGGAACUCAUAUAAGGAACCAAAAUCCUUGCAUUUAAUCUCGGAAUGAAUGUCAUGAUGAAGUAGAAUCAAAUUGUAGUCUUUGGAUGAAAGAAAAAUAAAAGAUUUCCAUGAAUUAAUUAAAAUGUAUAGAAAACUACAAAAAAAUGCAUGAAACUAAAUCAUUAGAGUUGAUUAGAAUUGAUAAAUCAAUCCCCACAUUAGCUAGAAUAAAUUUGCAAGUGUUUUGAAGAUUUUCAAGACUCUUCGAGAAGCUACAAGGGAUGGAUUCAAAAAUUAGGAAAUUAUAGUUGACCAUCCAAUCAAUCUUAGUUUCUUAGCGGUCAACGACCGAUAAAAAAAUAUUCCAAAAAUACCAAAACCUUCAUUUGAGAAAAAAAUAAGAAAAAAAUUGCAAAAGUAAGCUACAAAUAUCAAAGAAACAUUUUAACUUUAACGUUUAAUUAUAACCAUAAGAAAAUGAGGAAAUCCACUAGACAUUAAGAUGUAAAAAUCGCAUAAAAAUGAAUUAAAUUCUCUGCCCACGUUUUAAAUAAGCGCAAAAAAGUAAAAAAAAAUCGUACAGAAAUUGAUUGCAAUAAAAAUGGCUUUGUGAAGUCGAUCGAUAGGUGAAAAAAAAGUAAAAAAAACUUCAGUUGAUAAGACAUGAAAAUUAUGUUAUAAAGAUUAUUUUUUAAUUUAUCAAAUAAGUACGCGAUGGAAAAAGCGAAUCAAUCAAUCAUUAUUAUAGGUUUUUAAUGUUUCAGUUUUUCCAUGUAGGUUGUUUUUAUUUUUAGUUGAAAUACAUUGAAAGAUGAAAGUUUUAACAUUUACGUUUUUAACACAAAAGAAAUGCUGUUAUUGAAUCUGAAUAACCACAGAUUUUACUUAUUCAUUGGAGAAAGAAAAUUAUUUUUUUUUGAAAAAAGAAAUAAGAAUGAAAAACAACUCAAAGUGAUUGCUUAUGCAAAAAUGUGUAAAUAAAAUUAAAUAUCCCCCGCAUAUCAAGCAAACAUUUAAACAAAAAACAUUAUAAACCAAUUUUAUUCAAUUUUAUGAUCUUUAUUGCAAGGAAAAUUGAUAAAUUAAAGAAAAGUAAGAAGAAAUAAGUCUCCAUCGCCCUUAAAUAGAAUGCAGAAAUGUUUCUUAAAUCAAGUAAAAGGAAAUAAAUAAAAAAAUAUUUCGAUAAUAAUUUUAAAGACGAAAAAUUGUGAAA